AGACGGGUUUCCUUGCCAAAUCGGAGUGGGCACCGCACCCUGAAUGUUACGGCCAUUACUGGAAAUAGUAAAAAUUACUGAUCGAGAGGUAAACCUUCUAAUAAAGAACGAUUCUGGACGGAAAUCGACUAAAGGAGGUACCCGGAGUGAACAGCACCAUUUAGGGGAUCUGUUUUUUUUCCAGAUCAUUGCCCAGGGCCUACCUGGACACACCUUUUUUAUUAACCCAGAUUUGAUAAAUUUAGCAAGCUAUCACAAUGUCGGAGUUAGAACAACUAAGGCAAGAGGUUGACAUCCUCAAAAACCAAAUACGAGAUGCCAGAAAAGCAGUCAACGAUAGCAGCCUUGGUACCAUCACGUCCAAUAUGGACUCGAUAGGACGGAUCCAAAUGAGGACUAGACGAACACUUCGAGGCCACUUAGCCAAAAUCUAUGCCAUGCACUGGGGGUCAGACUCGAGAAACCUUGUGAGUGCGUCACAGGAUGGCAAAUUGAUAGUUUGGGACUCUGUGUCAACCAAUAAGGUCCAUGCAAUUCCCCUGAGAUCCAGUUGGGUAAUGACCUGUGCCUAUGCGCCAUCAGGUAGCUUUGUGGCAUGCGGCGGGCUGGACAACAUCUGUUCAAUCUACUCCCUCAAGACGAGGGAAGGCAACGUCCGCGUCAGCAGAGAAUUGCCAGGGCACACCGGUUACCUUUCAUGCUGCCGUUUCAUCAAUGAUAACCAGAUUGUAACUAGUUCAGGAGAUAUGUCAUGUGGCCUUUGGGACAUAGAAACAGGGCAGCAGACGACAGGUUUUACUGGACACACAGGCGACGUCAUGAGCUUGUCGGUGUCCAACGACAAUCAGACAUUUGUCUCCGGCGCUUGCGAUGCCUCUGCAAAACUAUGGGACAUAAGGGAAGGCAACUGUAAGCAGACGUUCACCGGUCAUGAGUCAGACAUUAAUGCCGUAACAUUUUUCCCAAGCGGCACUGCCUUCGCCACUGGCUCGGACGAUGCCACCUGCCGGUUGUUCGACAUCCGGGCGGACCAGGAGCUCAUGCUGUACUCCCACGACAACAUCAUCUGCGGCAUCACGUCAGUAGCUUUCUCAAAGAGCGGCCGCCUCCUGAUGGCCGGCUAUGACGACUUCAACUGCAACGUCUGGGAUUCUAUGAAGGGAGAGCGCGCAGGUGUUUUGGCUGGCCACGACAAUCGCGUCAGCUGCCUGGGUGUGACCGAUGACGGCAUGGCAGUAUGCACGGGAUCCUGGGAUAGCUUCCUCAAAGUAUGGAACUAGAACCAGUCGACACGCACUUAACAUAAAAAACAAGAAAACAAGGAAAAAAAAAAAAACUCCCAAGAGCAAUAGGGGAGGGCACAUACCCCUUGACCAGCCAACGAAAGGGGGGUUGGGGGACACACUCUUAACCCCUCUCAAAGCUGCGAUGAUCAGUCCCUGUCUGCACGAACCCUCAAAAGCCAGUGGUUGGGGGCGGGGCUCCCCCCCUUGCUGGGGGUAGGUGGAGAGAGCCGAGUAUUGCUUUGGACCCUCGAUAACGAGCGUGUAUUGCAAACCGUGCACGUAGUUGGUUAACCAGCCACUUGAUGAUAGGGACAGUAUCUGUGUAGGGACAAUAUCUUGGGAUUUUCUCAAGGGAUGCUAGACUUAAUGUAGAAAUCCCAAACAUUGGGGGGGGGUUCUGUGUGUGUCCGAAUGCCCUGUUCAGUGCUACUAAUGCAGAACCUGCAUCUGUACAAACUGGGAGGUAAAGGAGGUCCAGCGAUGGUGGUUUAACCUUUUAAAAACAAAACCUGUAAUAAAUUAAAAACACCUGUGUAUGAAAUGCUUGAGUGAGCGUUUUCAAGUAGAAAAAUUGGUCUUAAAAAUAGGGGAGGGGGACAUUGUUGAGUUUUUGAAACCUGACAAGAGAGUGGCGUUCAUCUGAAAAACUACCAAAAAAAAAAGGGUCUCUAGUACCUUGACAUAAAAAAGUUCCAGGAAAAAGGCAUGUGAUUUCUGGGACCUGCGGCGGCCUGUGCAUUAGUUGUGUAUAUAUAUAUAUUUUGUGUUGUUCAGUAUGCAGAUUUGAUCUUUCCUCAGAUUGUCACCUGGGUCAAAAAAGGAGCAUCUUGCUCAGUUUGGUCAAAGACGUGCUGACGUCCUCGUUGAUUUAUUUUCAAUUUUGCUCCUCUUUUACAACCCCCAAAAUACCCCCCCCCCCAAAAAAUAGGGACUCUAAACCUUGUAUGACCCUUCCUUCUGGAAGUUUUUCAGGAACGUCCGACAGAUUAUUGACAAGCUUUUUUGCCGGGUUUUUAAAAUAGUAGCUAUAUAUAUAUAUUAAAUGUAGGGGUACGAUAUUUAGUAGCCCAGAAAAACUGACGCAUGUGUCAAACGAUGCAUGUAUAUAUGAUACGUGUUUAAUUUUUUAAUUUUCACCUGUGGUUAAAUGUUGACCAAAAAGUGGGCAUAAAAUGAAAUUGGAAAAAAAAAAGUCUAGAUUUUUCACCACCAAUUUAAUAGUCUAGCAAUCCCACAUAAAUGUAACGAUAACCUGUGCUCAUGUAACCGAAGUUUUUAUUCGUUGAGGAAUUUUUCCCUUUCUAUUUGUUAUCAUUGCAUUUAUAAAAGCAGUGUGAAUGGAUUAUAAAGGUUACUCUUCUAAAAAAACAAAGUGGAAGCGAUAGACAAGAGUAGAAAAAACCUGUAAGCAGAGUCGUGCUUUGGAAACUGUCCUGCUGCUUGUUCAAAUUCAAAUAUUUGGGGGGGGGUGUUGGAAGGAAAAAGGCCCUUGUUACUAGUAAUCAUCGUGGGUUUUUUUGAAGCCAGUCUGAACAAAGGUGGCUGAAAAAAGAAAGAUGCUGGCAUUCAAAGAGCAGGAACGGUCUGGACACGGCCCUGGCUGUAAGCAAUCCAAUCAGGCCGUUCAAGGUAGAUACCGUCUUUGUCCCAGAGCCAACAUCAAAAUAGGUUGUCAUCUGCAGAAUUUGUUUCUUGGAGUUGUGUUUUUGAAGUGUGAAACAUUUUUUUUUUUUUUUUUUUGUUUUUAAAUUCAAAAUGCCCUCAAGCUGACACACACUGUCCUCUUCGCUUAUUUUUUAUGUUCGUUGUUUACUGGCAAUAUUUUCUGAUUUUUUAAUUUACCAACUCUCUUUAAACAUGGCAUUUACACUCACUGUUUUUAGUAUUAACCAACAUCACUUUAAGAUAUGGGCUUUGUUUAUGUCUCAUGGAAAAUCACCACUCCACUUAUGUGUAUCAACUGUGCACUCUUCAAAGCUGUUGGCAUUUUUCCCUUUUUGCAUGCAUUACCCUGCCCACAUAUUUGCUUGUAUCGGGGCUCAUGUUGAAACCGAAAAAAGUGCAAUGAAAAGACUUGGUAGCCAAGAUGGAAGUCAUCAUGCUCCUGGUUGACAACCAAAAAAAAAAAAAACACCUGCGUUGCAUUAGUGGCAUCAUGGGAAGGGUUUUGCAAGCAGUUGCCCUUCAUUGCAGUCCGAGACCCUGGGUAAGAACCUGUACCUUCGCUCUGUAGUGGAUUGAAAAUCUCCUGGUGAAUGGGAUUUAGCAGGUGAAUUUACUGUAUGAUGUUUUUAAAAAAAAAUGAGCAGCUGGUGACAAUGUAGAACUCAUCUUGUAAAAGUAUGUGAUUGUUCUAUUAAUUUUUUUUUUUCGUUAAGUGCACUGGCUACCCUGAAAAAAGGUUAACGUAAGAAUUUUUCUUUUCCAUUUUGGGCACGUACUAGUUAUUAGCUUAUGAGAAAGGGGAUUAUAAAAAACACCUUGCGAAAUCUGGUUUGAAAAAUUGCGUUCAGCUUGGCAUCACAAGAUGAUAUUUUUUUUGAGACCUGCCAGUUUGUUUUGAGUAAAGGAGCCAAAUUCCUGGGGAGAUUAUGUAGUAUUGUCAUUUAUUGCAUAGUUGCGACACAGGAAACCAAUUCUUUGUGUAUUGAUAUGAUGUCUGUGUAUUUAAAAACAGAAAAGUUAAAAGUCAUGAAUUUUAACACUUAUAAAAUAGAAGAAAAACUUUCACACACUACUGCAUAGCCAUGUGGAUUUAGAGAGAUCGUUUUCAUUCAGAACUAGUACAUUUUUUGUAUUAUGGACUGAGAAAGUUAAAAUCGUGACUUACUUGAAAAAUGACUUGAACGUUUUAAGAAUAUCUGUGUAUAAAAACCAAGCAAACCCUUUGUGUGCAGGGAUAUCAAGUGUUUCUGUUUGACCUUUUUUUUCAAGCUGUAGAUAAAGUUACAAAAAAAAAAAUGGAAAAAAAAAUGGAAAUUUUGGAAUGAAAACAUUACAUCUGCUCCACUCAGAGGGAUCAUAAUAUUUGUGUGUGUAUCUUUGACAGACUGAGAAAGGUGGCGUGGCAUGUCGUCUUAAAAAGAGUAUAGGAGGUUACAAACAAAAACCACAAAAAGUCUCAAAAAAAAUCUGUGCGCAAACUUUUGUAGAUAGUGUUCGUAGACAGUGCUGUGUAGUUUGGAUGUCAGCAUUAUUCGGAAUGGUUCCAACGUUCACUAUUGCAUUACUGUUGAUUUACCGACAAAAAAAGAAAACUUAAAAAAAAAACAAAAAAAAAA